AUGCGGCGCAUCUUCAUCUGGCAAAUGGGCGACGGCGGCUGGGAUCUGUACGAAUUUUCGAAUAUCAUGAUGCGGAAAGUCGAAGCAGCUUCACGAUAUGAGGAAGAGCACGGGCCAGCUUCUAAAGAAUAUUAUGCCGCACAAGUCGUCGCCGACCUAAAGCCAUUCAUCAAUGAUGGCAUAUCGAUCCCGCUUCUCAAGAAAACACAACAAUUCGGGGUUGUUUAUCGCGUUAUUAAUGGCAGCAUUUAUCGCUCAAAGAAAUGCACAUUUCCUGCAAGAUGCGCCGGCGUUGAAUAUUUCCUAAAACAAAUUGGUGGAAAGUUGCCGGACACACAGUUUGUGCUCAAUGACCAUGACAACCCGAAGAUUCCGCGCGGGCCGUUGCCACUUCCGCUUUUCUCGUUCAGCAAGGACCCCGGUAAACACAUGGACAUUCUUUAUCCGGCCUGGGCUUUUUGGGAGGGAGGUCCGGCUAUAUCUCAGUAUCCGAGUGGUAUUGGGAAAUGGGAUGAGAUGAGAAAGACUAUUUUAAGGACGGCGGAUCGUAUCGAUUGGGUAGAGAAGGCAAGCGUGGCUUUCUUUCUUGGAUCCAGGACUUCGGCACUGCGCGAUCCGCUGGUUUUGCUGUCCCGUAAACGACCCGAACUUGCUGAUGCGCAGUACACGAAAAAUCAAGCAUAUAAGGGACCACAGGACACCCUAAACUACGCGCCGGCUGCGGAGAAGCCGUUUGAAGAGAAUUGCCGUUACAAAUAUCUGGUCAAUUUCCGGGGCGUAUCGGCCAGUUUCCGACUGAAACAUCUGUUGCUCUGUAACUCUGUGUUGCUGAACGUCGACGACGGAAUGGUUGAAUUUUUCAACCACAAAUUGGUUCCUUAUUUCCACUACAUCCCCGUUGGGCGGAAUACAGAGGAUGAAUGGGUUAAUUUGAUCCAAUUUCUGCAAGAGCACGAUGCCCUCGCCCAGGCAAUGGCCAAAAGAUCCCAAGACUGGGUACGCGCCAAGCUCACCAACCGCGACGUAACAAAUUAUUGGCUAACUCUGCUGAUCGCGUACACACCACUCCUCAAAGACAAGGUCGUAGCUGCGGAGGGCGAUCUACUAAUUACC